AUGUCUACUCCAAACAUUACGAUUCAUGACACUAGUGAAGAAACUCGUUUUUGUACUCGCUGUAAAAAGACCAAAUCAAUUAGCGAAUUCACAAGGCCAAGUGGAAAUAAAAUUCAAACCUUUGCUAGAU